CCCAGUAACAAGUAGCCCAUGGGCCAAGCUGCCACGUGUCAUCACGAAAUGACGAAAAAGGACAGCACCUGCGAUUCACGACGAUCGAUCUCAGCUCGACUCAGCUCCAUCUUCCUCUUCCUCACUCCCCUGAGCUCCCUGUUCCUCCGAUUUCAUCUGCUGAAGUUGAGAUACUGUGUUUGUGUCUAGAGAGAGGGGGGUGCAAUCGUCAAAACCGAUGGGCGGCGGAGGUGAUCAUGGACACGGCCAUGGCGACUUCAGGAGCAAGGUUUGGAGCAUGGCCGGUGGGCCCUACUGCAGGCCCAAGCACUGGAAGCGCAACACUGCCAUUGCUAUGGUCGGCAUCGUCCUCGUCUGCAUUCCGGUUGCCAUGACAUCCGCAAAGCUCGAGCAACGGCCUCAUAUGCCUGUUCGCCCGAUACCUUCACAGAUGUGGUGCAAGAACUUUGGGAACAAAGAAUAUUAGACGAUCCCAGUAAUUGCAGCUGUCUCUGAAGCACCAAGCCCCGUGCUAUUGAUCACAAGGUUGUUUUUUUUGUUGGGACUCAUAAGAGUGUUCAGUCAAAUGUGUUGUUGAACCCUUCUGACAGACGCCGUGAAUUUUUAUGAGUGAUUCAUCUGGAAUAAGGCUUUAUGGAAUAUCUGACCGCUUUCUCUGAAAACAGAUCUGGAUCUCGAUCUUGCUUGUUCUGAUCUAGUUGUUUUAUUGUAUCUUUCUUUAUGGGCGGAUCGAUCAUUAUCCAGGUAACUCUUGAGACAAGCUUGUAUACUAUAGGUGGGAGAGUAUGGUUUAUCUUCUGCUUGGAGACUCGUAUUGAUCGGAUUUGACA